AUGGCCGAUUUCAGCAAGUCCAACUCGUCCGGGACUGUGAACAAGAAGCAGGCAUCCAUUCUGAGCUUCUUCAAGACGCAGGAUGUGAAGGGAAAGAAGGUAACUAGUGCAGGGGGGGAAGUAGCCAAAGAAAGCAAAAUCGAUGCAGAUAAGAAUGGCGGUCAGGAACUCAGCUCGGCGAUAAACACGCUGGACAAAUUUGCAGCCAAUGUUGGGAAGAAACAGGAGGGGGGAAAUGAAGCAGAGCGAAACUGCGAAACGAGUUUCAUCGCAGUGAAGGACUCAAAUGAGAAUAAGCAAAAUGGAUGCAGUACAGGAACCCCCCAAGCGAACCUAUUCUCCGAUGACAACGAUGAUGUGAACAAAAGUGAGGUUAAAAGCUCGAUGGGAAAAAAAGAAAUCGAAGUGAAGGAGAGUUACGAUAAGGGAUAUGAAGACAACGCAGAGUUGAGCACCGAAGAAGAUAUCAUUGUGAGGAAGAAAAGAAAAAUUAUAAUAGAUUCGUCAAGUGAAGAAAUAUAUGACGGAUCUAACGAGAGAAAUGAAAGUAAUGGAAAGAACGUAAAGAGGAAGGUACUCUCAGGAAGUGAAGGGGUUGGUGUCGAUGGGAAGUUAAACAAUCUGGUUUAUGAGCCGAGUAAGAAUAUCAAGACGGAGGAAACGUUAUUCACUAAUGAGCAAAGCUCAAAGGAUAUUAUAAAUAUCCAUCGUCGAAAGGGAGAAGAUGGGAAGAAGUCUCAAGAAUUGGAUACACUAAGGAACAAGCUCCUGAGCAUGCCAAUAAGUCUGUCUAAUGAUAAAUUCAGACUAUACAUAGAACAAUACUUCCUUUAUUGCAAUACUUUUGAAUUUCCUAAAUGGGUUCAGCCACAGUAUAUCCGUGAUCUGAAUUUAAGGACUCCAGAUAAUGCAGAUUAUGAUUGCUCAACUAUUUGGACCCCUCCACCAGAUCAUCCCUGGGCGGUGGAAUACAAACAAGCUCACUACACCCCAGGAAUGCAACAGUUUUGGAAAAUAAAAUCAAAAAAUUUUGAUAAAAUAAUAUUUUUUAAAAUGGGAAGAUUUUAUGAAAUAUUCUACAUUGAUGCUUGUUUGAUGCAUACCAUUUGUGGAUUGAAUUGGAUGGGUGGAGAACAGAAACCUCACUUAGGGUUUCCAGAACAAUCACUACAUAUGUAUGCGAAAAAGGUUAUUAACUGUGGGCACAAGGUAGUCGUAAUUGAACAGAUGGAGACUCCAAAGGAGUUGGAGCAACGUAAUAAAGAAUCUUGCGGUCCGAAGGAUAAAGCUAUUAAGAGGGAGAUUAAUGAAAUAUUUACAAAGGGAACCAUUCUGCAUGAUAAUAUGCUCAGUUCAGAGACGAGGUAUUUGGUCUGUUUUCAUUUUGACGAUAUAGAAGAUGUAGAUGACGGAGUGGUGGAUGCUGGCAAUGGGGUAAAUGAGCGCCCAUUCAGGAGCAAAUGCAAUUUCGGCUUCGUCGUGAGCGACAUCGCUACAUCGUACAUCGCGGUAGGGUAUUGUAAAGACGAUGAGUCACGUAUCGAACUGAGGACAAUCCUCGCGCAGCUAUGCCCUGCAGAGAUUCUAUACGCUUCCAAAAAUAUCAAUAAGGAAGUGCUAUCCAUUUUUAAAAACAUCCCAGCGGAACCUGAACUGACAGCGGUGAGUUCCUUUCCGAAUAUAAUUGCCUCUCUAGAUGAAAUAAGGAAAUAUUUUGAACCCAUCCCUCCAAUUUUAGAAAUGCAUAAAGAACAGAACAGUGUGAUCUGUGCAUUUGGAGGGUUCAUUGUUUAUCUGAGAUCACUUUUGUUGGAUAAAAAAAUAUUUCGUUUCUGCAAAAUUGAGCAUUAUGAUCUUUUUAAGAGAGAAAAUUAUAUGGUUCUAGAUGCAACGGCAUUGAAGCAUUUGGAGAUUUUGGAGACUCAAUCUGGGGAAACAAAAAAUUCUCUGUUUGAUUAUGUGAACAAAACAUGUACUAAUUUUGGAGCGAGGAAUAUGAGGAGGUGGAUCUGUAGUCCACUACUCGACUGUACUAAGAUAAAUGAGCGAUUGGAUGUUGUGGAGUUUUUAAAAAAAAACGAGCAUAUCCUUUCCAUGAUCAGGUUGAAGUUGAAGAAGCUACCAGACAUAGAAAGACUGCUGAACAAAAUUUGCAUUCAAGCUUCUCAGAGCGAAAGGGGAGCCGUCUUUUUUGACAACAUAGUCAGCACUAAGCUGAAAGAAUUCAUGACCUUCUUAAAUGCCUUCAAAGAAAUAGGAAGCAUGCUAAUCGAAAUUAACACCAUAGAAAAAGACGAGGAGGAGUUACCUAAGCGGCUCUUUGAAAUUAGUAACACCCCAGAUAGGAAGAGUCUAAUACAAAAUGUACAAGGAAGCUACCCUCAUAUAGAAGAAAUAACUCUCGAGUUUUUAAAAAAAAUCGAAUUCGAUGGAGACAAGGAAUAUAAACCAGCGGAGGGAUGUGAUGAAGCCAUUGAUCUGAUUAACAAUAAAGAGAAGGAAGUCGAAAAUGAACUCAACAGUAUUUUAGCAAAUAUGAAAAGGAAUAUGAAAAUCUCCUCACUCAAAUAUGUUCAUGCUAAGUAUAAAUACGAAGUAGAGUGUCCAGAGAAUGUACCCAAAAGUUUUUUAAAGAAUGUAGAGAUCACGUCAGCUAAAAAAGGAUUUAUUCGAUUUCAAAAUGAUGAGAUAAAGCAAUGUGUUGAGAUGUUGGAAGAUAUAGAUCAGGAAAAGAAGGACGCCAUUUAUCCCUUCUUUAAGAAAAUGUUUCACUUAUUCUAUGCUCAUUAUGAGAAGUACGUAUCUGCUUGUAGACUGGUGGCCGAGCUGGACUGCCUGCAGGCCUUUGCCUUCGUGGCGCUGAACACACCCUUCGCGCUCACGCGCCCGGUUCUGCACCCGAUGAGGCGGAACGAAAACGCAGGGGAGAUCAGCCAAGACACGGGGGAGAUCAGCCAAGACACGGGGGAGAUCAGCCACGACACGGGGGAGAUCAGCCAAGACACAGGAGAGGUCAGCGAAACUAGGGGGAGCUCCGUAAGCGAGCCCUUUCUCAUCCUCGAAAAUAACAUUCACCCCGUGGUGGCCACGCUCAUGCCCAAUUUUAUCUCGAACAACAUAUACAUGGGCUGCAAGCAGGAGAACCAGUCCACACUGCUCCUCACGGGCCCCAACAUGGGAGGAAAGAGCACCCUGUUAAGGCAAACAGCUAUUUCGGUCAUUCUAGCCCAAAUAGGAGCCUUCGUCCCAUCUACCUACUGCGAACUGACAAUAGUUGAUAAAAUUUUUACUCGACUAGGAUCUAGUGAUAACCUGUUCGAAGGAAAAAGUACCUUCCUCGUGGAGCUGGAAGAUAUUUCGAACAUGUUAAAGCAGAGCACAAAAUACAGUUUGGCCAUUCUGGACGAACUCGGCAGAGGAACCUCUUCCUUUGACGGCACAGCCAUUGCCCUAUCGACUUUGGAGCAAAUUUCAGAUGUCCUCAAAUGCAGGUGCAUAUUCUCCACUCAUUACCAUCUCCUAGUGGAGGAAGUCAAACACAACAAAAAAAUUUCAAACUAUCACAUGAGCUUAAGUAUAGACGAUCAUCAGGAGAAAAUCAUUUUCCUAUAUAAAUUUAUUAAGGGAGUUUGUCCUAAAUCGUUUGGUAUUCACAUUGCCAAGCUAGCUGGCCUCCCCAAAGAAAUUAUCGACUUAGCGCACGAGAAGUCCACCCUCUUUGAGAACGUAACGGACGAAUUCUGCAAAAUUAUCAAAUACAAGAAUAUUGUGCGCUCCCUGCUCAGUGCCCCCGACGACGAGAAUUUGGGUGCCCUCUUCCGCAGGUACCGGGCCGAGUUCGCCUCCUGA